UCCCGGUGUCUGCUGUUACUGAUGAUUGACAUGCGUUACACAGCUCGUUGCUAAACUUAGCCCAUUUGCAAAAUGAAAUGUCCGUUUUUGCUAUUUAAAAAAAGAUAACAAGAUGUCUUCAGUAUACAGAUUCCUUGGCUCAGCGCUAAGGCAGUUGUCAGAGUUGUCACUGGUAACUCAAGGGAUUUGUUUAAAUCGAAGGUGCGCUCUCCCCUUUUGUUCACAUCUAAGCUCUCAAGCAGGAGAUGAAGAAAGUGGGGAGACUGCUUCUUUCGAUAGAAAAGCUCCAGUUAGGAAUAAAGCAAAUGGACACGGUCAAAAGAGUGUGAAGGAUAAUUGGAGACGCUAUAAAAUUGUAAAAUUACACAAACGGACUUUGAAUGCUGAAGAAAGAGAACAAGACUAUUUGCUGAAAGAGCAAAUGUCUCAAUUACCAAGGGAUGAAUUAUUUGGAACAAUGAAGAGAAAAGAAACAGACUCAGACCAACGUGAAAAAUAUAAUCAGAUGAAUUUGUUCUCUGCUGACAACGAAUCAAAACCUGAUUUUGGCAAAACAUCUAGCAAGACUAUGUUUGAUAGGAGUUCAGUAGAAUGCAGGUCCAAAGGUAACUCAAACAAAAGAUUUGACCAACAGGACAAACAGAGUGAUGACGUUACUAAGACUGGUAAAUCUAAGCAGUGGACAGAAAACUUUGGAACCUUGAGGAGUGAACAUGUUGACAGGUGGAUGGACGGCAGUGAGGAUUUGACAAAACGAAGUGAUGAUGAUGAUCAAAAGGAUUAUUAUUCCUCUGAUGAUGAAGAUGACAAACCUUUCCGCAGAUUGUCUUCUCAGGGUAAACAUUCGGCAGAAUGGUACGGUCGACAGAUGAGACAUUUUGCAGAUGAAGGAAAGAUCAAGGAGGCUAUUGAUGUACUGGAUGUGUGGAUGUUGAAGAAUGACCGGGUCAAACCCAACUACUACGUUUUUUCCAUCCUUAUCAGUAUUCUGGGCAAAGCAGGGUACACCAAGAAAGCUUUUAAGGUGUUUAACCAGAUGAAAAAAAUGGGUGUCAAGCCCAAACCGAACACAUAUACAGCUCUGUUCAACGCUUGCUCAAACUCACCCUGGCCUCAAGAUGGUUUGCAGAGAGCGCAGAAUUUGGAAAACCUGAUGAAGGAGAAGAGACACCAGCCGAAUAUUAUCACCUACAGAGCCAUGAUCAAAGCGUAUGGGGUUUGUGGUGAUGUACAGGCUGCCUUCAGGGUCCUUGAUGAGGCUUCUGUCCACUGCCAGCCUGACCUCAAGUGCUUUAGUUUUCUGCUGAUGGCCUGCUGUUCUGACAGAGAGGCUGGAUUUAGACACGCGAUUCUGGUUUGGAGGUUGAUGCACCAGUAUCAUCUUUUGCCAACUCUUUACCAAUACAAUCUCUUGCUGCGUGUUAUAAGGGAUUGUGGGAUUGGAGAUCUAAAUAUGGCUGCCCCACUGAUAUUUGGAAGAGAAGUAGCAGAGGGACAAUCUUCAGGAAACUCACAAACCACUCUCAGAAUAGAGAAUGGAGAAUCAGAUAACACAGAUACUUCACAUAUCUGUCAGGAUGACUUCAUGUCUGUAUCUCCAGACAUGUCAAAAGAUAUCACAAAUGAGAGGAUGGUGAUAGAUUUUAACGCAGUUAAAAAUGGAGGAUCAGAUGGAUUCGUUGAGCUGAAUACAGGCAGUAUGGAGUCUCAGUUGGCAGAGCUAUCAUCACUUCCAGACCACCCCAGUGUACUAGAAAGUCCAUUAGAGCCAAACUCUUUGAUCAGCGUGGACUUGACACUACUAAAAUCAGCCCAGGGACGACUGGCAUUGUCAGGAGGAAUGCUGGGAAUUUUGAGCAAUAUGGCGGCUGAUGGUGUCACUCCAGACAUCAAGACAUUAUCUCAGCUGGUCAGUGCAAUCCCAUCCAAUGUGCAGGCAGAGAAAGAGCUUAUUCAUGUACUGGAGUCCCAGAAUAUACAGCCAGAUGUGGACUUCUUUAACAUGCUGAUCAGAAAGAGGAAUCUGAGAAAAGAUUAUGACAGGGCAAGGGAUCUGCUGCGAGUGAUUGGUGAGUACAAGCUGUUACCUAACAUGAUGACGUUCGGCUGUUUGGCCAUGGGUUGUCGGAAGAGGGUGGAUGGUCUACAGCUGCUUAAGGAUAUAGAGUCAUGUGGGCUUUCUCCAAAUCGAGAGAUUUUCACCAUUCUGAUCUACAACAGUGCACAUGAGUUUUAUUACAAACUCGAUCUGCUUCGUGAACUGGAAAAGAGAGAUAUGGAGCCUUCAGAAAAAAUGUUGUCCUACAUUGAACUGCAAGUUCAGACGGCCAAGAAGUCCAUAGUUCAACAGGAAUCUGGACAGCAGGUAAAUGAGUAUUAUGCGUCAAAUUACUUCCUUGACGGUUACAAGGCAUUCAUGAAAUUCUAUGGGCCAUGGUUGAAGAGGACUCCCAUGGCGCAGAAAGAACACCCAUGGGCAAAGUUUCGACACCCCAAGGACCCACCCAAGGGGCAGUCUGAAGAUCACGAGGAAGAUAACAAUGACUUUGUAUGGAAUACCUGAAAGUGUUCAGUUAAAAGUAGAAAUGGGAUACCAUAGUACUCCAUGCACUUGAAAUAAACCUGAAAGUAUUUUUUUUUCUUUCC